UCUGAAAUAUAUCAAAACAGCGCAUCUGGCACCAACAACCAUGCCACAUUUAAAGUUACUUGAAAGACCCUUUUUCCUCAUUCUGAUGCUUACUUUGAACUUCAGCAGAUUGACUGGACCAUUAAAUUGCCGAGAUGUCACUGGCUGCGUUAAGAACCAGAAUUAGCUAUCUAGUGAGUAUAUACAUCAGGUCAGAAAAUAUUUAACAUGUAAACAUGAACUAUGUCAAGCCACAACUGUUUAGUUUUGUAAGUACUUACUAAGAGGCGUACAUGGGACAAAAAGUGCCUGGUUUUAUUCAAAUCCAUAUCACGGAAAACUGCGUAACAGACACACACCCGUCUGCCUUGUCCAUUUCACGGUUUGCCUCUCGAAAGCGUGAAAUCGAAACACAUGCAGAAGUUACAGUACAUGCAGAACCUGCAGUACCAGCAUGAGGAGAUAACAUAUUUAAAGCCUUUUGCGCCCUUUUUGUUUGUCCCCUGCAGCCACUUUUUUCUCUCUUUCUUUCAGUCCCUUUUCUUUUUCUGUUUCUCCACCACCUUCUCCUGUUUUUUCACCAAAAACAGGCCUUCAACCCUGUGUCUGCUCUGGUAUAAUAUCCACUCUGACAAUAAUGUGAAUAAUGUAAUAAACAAAAGAAACAUGAUUAACAAGAUGAGCCUAGAGUCUACAGUAUACUUUGGAUAUUAGUAUGGCUUGUUGGCUGUUACUAGUGCAUCUUUGAAUAAGGUGCAAACCAGACCGACAGACAGGGAGCAUUCAGACUGAAUGUGAAAUGAGAGAAGUGAGGUUUUUUGCCAUGCCUUCUUUUUUUUUGGUGACAUCACUUUAAUUACAGUUUCCUUUAGGAGCGUGAGGCAGAGACAGGCAGACUAGAGUGGGGGAGUUAACUGUUAACAGUGCAGCAGGACAUCUGAACAUAGGAAAAUGACUCUUAGACCUACAAGCAUCCCAGACUACAGCACCACUAUAUCAUAUGGAAACAAUAACAACACCAAUGAGACUCAUUGUCCAGAUCACGAACUAUGGGAGUGGCUCACUGCACACCAACCAGUGUAUAUUCUGCUCAUCACCGUGCUGGGGAUUAUGCUUAACAUGUUCGUUCUGACUGUCUUCUGCUUCCACAAGAAGGCGUGCACCAUAGCUGAAAUCUAUUUGAGCAACCUGGCUGCUGCUGACCUAGUCCUGGUGUCCUGUUUGCCCUUCUGGGCCGUUAACAUGCUCAAUGAUUUUAAAUGGCCUUUUGGUCAUUUCAUGUGCAAAGUUAUCAAUGUGGGAAUUAAGAUGAAUGCCUACUGCAGCAUAUACUUUCUUGUUCUGGUUAGCAUCGAUCGCUAUGUGGCACUGGUACAUGCGAUGUCACAUGGCAGAAUGCGUAGUCCAAAAUAUGCUAAACUAGGGUGUCUGCUGACAUGGGGUUUUGGCUUGCUUCUGAGUAUACCCGUGUUCAUCUUCAGGGAAGUGAGAUAUUUCCCUGAAUAUGGUACUGUGUGCUAUCUAAACUAUCCAAACCACAACGUACAAGUUAUCUGUGAUGGGAUAUUGAUCAUUUUUAGCUUUGUUAUUCCCAUUUCAAUUAUCUCCUUUUGCACUUUUAAUAUUAUUCACGCUUUGAAAUUGCAAGCAAUUGAGAGGUUCAAUGCUGAAAACACAGAACGAAAGGCCACCAUUUUGGUCCUGGCAGUCCUUGUAGCCUUCCUAAUUUGCUGGGUGCCAUUCCAUGUAAUCACCAUAGUAGAUGUGCUUUUACGAGGUGGGAUACUGGAAGGCUGUCACUUUGAAAAUGCUGUGGACAUCAGCAUCCAGAUCUUCACCUACUUAGCCUUCUUGAACAGCAUUCUUAACCCGAUCCUAUACGUUAUUGUAGGAAAGAACUUCCGGAAAAAAGUCAGAGAACUCUUCCAGCAGUGGGGCCACCAGAGGAAAACCUUAUCUGACUCCACACGUUCAAACCUGUCCUCCACAUUGAAAACUUCUGUAUAAAAUGCUGUAUGCAAAUUGCUUUUUGCAAACAAAAGCACAGAAGGAUAGUGGGCAGUCAUUUAAUGAUAUUGUCUUAAACUAAAUGGUUCAAAUGAAAUCUAAAAUCAAAUGAAGUUCGUGAAAUCGCAGUGGAUGUAGCUUUGUAAUAAUCAGACUUAAUCAUACAUUGUUAAGAAACCUUUUAACGAACUCUUUCUUUAGUAUGUUAGCUGAUGCACAACGUCUCACUGUUACGUUUAGAAAAGGUGGUUGUAUUACAGAUUACUACCAAAUGCAAAACACUGUUGUUUAGCUUGAACUGGAAAAAAAUGAAGACAUAUUUUAUAUAUUGCAACAACUCACCAGUGUGUGAUAUUGUUGGAUUCAUAUAUUACAAACUGUAGUAGUCAUCAGUAUCUUGGCUGUCCUGGUUCUGUGAUGUAAAUAUGUGUACUGUAAAAUAAUUUAUGUAAAUACAACUUUUUUGUUAUAUAGUUUAUUGCUGAAGAUGCAAAUGAUGCUACUAUUUGUUUCACUCAGAGCAUAACGAUGAAUAAAAUCAACAUGUGGUCUUUCGCUUUAUGAAUCUUUAUGAUGCAUUUGAAUGUUAAGUUGAACAUCCAAAGGUUCAUGUUGAAACAGCGUCUUGCUAAGUGUUUCUGGUGUUUCUGACUCAGAGUUUCCAGACUUAAACAUGUGACUCUUUCAACAAGUUUCCAGUUGUGACGCACAAACAUGCUUCUUUUUGUUGGCUGUAUAGACAUAACUUUUUCUUUUUUUUAUUGUAUAUCUGUCCCCCAAACCACCUUUUAAUUGCCAAGUGUUUACUCAAAAUGGGUUGUGGGCAAGGGUACACCCAUAGGUGUCCUCAAAAUGAAGGCAAAUCUUGCCAAGCAGGAUAUCAGGCUUCACCACAAUUGCUAGUGCUGAAAAUUGUUGUGGAACAAAAGGCAUGCAGAAAAAGUUACCGCAAAUUGUAGAAUGUCUGCCAGAAAACACACAGUUCAACCUCGUUUUAUGUGUUUUUGUCUGCUUUUUAAAAUGGUUUUAAUUUUGUGAUUUUUAGUCUUGUCCUUCAAAUCUGAAAUGUAUGUCACUCCCACAUUCAUGUUCAAAGUUCAUGUUAUUCUGGUUUAUGUUGUGCUACUAAAUGGGAAUAUUAAUUAAAUUUUUGACUAUUCUGUAAACACCACAGUGGGGGGUGACAGUCACUGAAGAGGUUUUAGUGCAGAUGCCUCAUUCAUGUUUCCAUAAGAGUUCACAGACUGUUUAAUAAACAUGGACACAGUCAGUAUGACUUCACCCUGUUAGUGAAGUUCUGUUAUGACACCUGAAAGUGAACACUUUCAACACCGUUUUCUUGGUGAUUUGAAACCAUGCAUCAUAAACACUGGUUAAAGACUUGUGUCUGUCAUGGUGCUAGGUCGUUGACCCAGCAUUUUGUAUUUUAUGAUUAUUUUUCUAUGUUCUAGUUAUUCUGAUUUUGGUAUUCUGUGUCCUCCCCUUGUGCCCUGUUCUUGUUCUGGAUUUCCUGUUUUAUUUUGAAGGUCUGUGUGUGUUGUCAUUGUGUUCAGCUUUUAUCCUCCAGUCGUCUUCGUGUAUUAGGAUCAGCUGUUCUUCCCUCCUGUGUGUGAUUACCUGAUUACCUUGUGUGUGUAUAUAUAGUGGGUGUCGGUCUGUGCUCGUUGUUGGUUUGUCUGCGGUCCAUGGUGUUCUGUUCCUUAGUCUGCGGCUCGCUGCCCCGCACCCGUUUUCGUAUGAUCUCAGGUUUGCUAUUUAGUUUUGCCAGUUUAGGUGUCUUCAGUUAUUUGUCAUCCCUCAUUACCUGUUUUGCCACUCUGCCACUUGUAAAUAAACGUCACUCGUAUCAUCAGUCACUGCCUGCAUUUUGGGUCCUUUUUCCUUCAACGCCACACGGCUCGCCUCGGCAGCCGUGACAGUAUCAGUGAGCAACUCUACUGACUCUACUAAGGACUCCCUUUUUUUUAAUUCACUUUGACAGAAAACUGAGGGGAAAACAUUUAUUGAGGUCACACAGCAAUGAUGCUAACUGGAAUUACAAUGCAGCUAAGGGUGUUGCCCCCUGCUUUCCGAUAAAAAGAAUGCAAUCAUAUUUGGCUCAACUUUCAAAUCACAAAGCUCAUUUUGGCUUUUAAGUGACAGUGUGUAAAAUCUCAUCAGUAGAUGCCAGUAGAUUGCAGAUUGUAGUCAAAUGAAUUCAAUUUCCUUAACCCUUCCAAGUAACAUACAUAAUCCUAGAAGUGGUGGUCAUUGUAGGACAAACAUGUUUUAGUCAGGCAAGAGAAACAUUAAAUUUAGACUGUGCACCUGAGCAACCAUGGCUGCUUGAAGUGUUUCUAACACUGUUUAUGUAAAAAGCAUUGUUGUACCCACUAUAUUUUACCAUAUUUGAAUAAUAUCAGCACGUAGCAAUGAAUCAGGAAUAAUACUGCAUGACUCAAUUAAAUAUUUUGUGGUAUUUUGCAUUUUUACCACAGAGUGAUCACAGAGACUAGCUGCUGUUCAUUUGUGGUAAGUGUAGUAAGAUAGCAACAUGACUCCUGCUUCUGCCCCAGUCUUUCGCUGUUUUGUUAGGCUGUCAGUCUACUCUUAACUUAGCUAUCAAUAUGUAGCUUUAAGAAAUGUAAAACUUUGAGACUGAUAUGAGUCACUGACUCAGAGAAAUUAACCUCUCUCUCUGAUGAGCGAAUAUUGAGGUGGGUUGUUUAGGACAUUACUGUUGGCUGCUGUUAGCCUCUGUUAGCCAUGGCUAACUGCUUUUAGAUGACAUAAGUGAAACUUUCAUUAAACUGGAUAUAACAUUGUU